UGUCAAAGUGAAGUGAAGUUCUGUCAAAUAUGAAAAGUGAAACAAUACGAAAUCUAUAAUUUAUUUGUACUAUUUGUAUUUGUAACAAUAUUCUUGGACCUGGGACCAAGAUAAUUGGCUAAAGGAACCAAAUAAAACAGAAUAAUGAUCUCUUUUAUGUAACAACUUAACUUUCUGACCUCCACACCUUACAUACAAUAACAAAAGUCAAGACUUUAUCACGUGAGCUAUGCCCGAGCAUUUGGAACUUCAACAUCUUGUCGAUCUAUCGGUCGGAAGUGGUGAUGAAUCAAUACCUAACCUAUUGGAAAACAAGAGACCACUUAUCAAAAGAUGCCCCUAUCUUGGAUUACUAUUGGCGACACUUUCAUCCCUUUUCUUCUCGUUAUGCUCUGUCAUCGUUAAAAGUUUAGUAAACAUAGACCCAAUGCAAUUGGCUAUGUUUCGUUUUAUAGGUGUUUUACUUCCAACUAUACCAAUUGUUAUAUACACGGAGCAACCUGUAUUUCCAGAAGGAAAGCGAAUUCUGUUAGUGUUGCGAUCUGUUGUGGGGACAGUGGGACUAAUGCUUAGUUUUUACGCCUUUCGAAACAUGCCCCUGGCUGAUGCCUCUGUAAUAGUAUUUUCUGUACCAGUAUUUGUAGCUCUGUUUGCCAGGGUGUUCUUGAAAGAACCUUGUGGAAUUUGGAAUACAAUCUCUAUUAUAUUAACUUUAGUUGGUGUAGUGUUAAUCACACACCCACCCUUUAUAUUUGGUGAAAGUGAAGCUAUUUCCAACCAAAACUAUAACAGUUUAAGGGGCGCUAUUGCUGCAUUUGUAUCAACCAUAUUCGGAGCCAAUGCUUACGUUUUGUUAAGAGUUUUGAAGGGCUUACAUUUUUCUGUAAUCAUGACAAACUUUGGUGCUAUUGCAAUUAUGCAAACAUUGUUUUACUCUUUCGUGUUUGGUCUUCUGUGUAUGCCUAACUGUGGUACUGAGAGGUUUUUAGUUGUAUGUUUAGCUAUAUUUAGUUAUUUAGGACAGAUUUUGUUGACAAUGUCUCUACAAAUGGAACAGGCGGGACCUGUGGCGAUAGCUCGUUCAGCAGAUAUAGUAUUUGCAUUCUUGUGGCAAGUUAUGUUUUUUGAUGAAAUCCCUAGUAAGUACUCAGUGUGUGGUGCUGUACUGGUACUCAGUUCUGUGCUUCUGGUAGGUUUACGCAAAUGGGCAUUAGCUUUACCAGAGGAUUCACAGUUAAGGAGUAAAUUGGGUGUGUUGGCACAAUAAUUGAUAGAAUAGAGGGUGUUACUUUGCCAAGGUUCAUUUAUUCGUUUUAUUUUGUAUUUUCUGUAAUAAAUAUAAAUAAAAUUAUUCAUUAUUCAUGUUAAUUGAUGAAAAUAUUAAUUGUUAUGUAAACACGAAAAAUAUAUAAUAAAUAUAUUUUUUGUGUUCAUAUUAUAUUGUGAUCUGUGAUGAUUUUGUCUACCCUUAAUGACACAUUGUAUUGUGAUGUAAGUCAUCUUUCCUAAUAUUGUAUAUCAGUAUUAAGUGUUUUAUAUUUUUGUAUUCUUUAAAAUGAUAUUAAUUGUAUGUAUAAUAAUAGGUAAUACUUAAAAGUAUUUACAACUUAAUUUAACUAUAUAAUGCAAAUUUUUGAUUGUUAUUUUAUGUAUAUAUUAUAAUUGGAGCAGUGGCAUAACCAUACCAAUGAGGCCUGUGGUGAUUUUAUUACCCUCCCAGAGAAAUCAUGAUGUAAUAUUUUCUUCAGUGUUAGAUUACUUCAGGCUCACUGGCCCUGUCACAUUUUAUCAGCCCUGUCACCAGCCCUAUGGUUAUGCCACUACAUUGGUCAUAAUUUGGCUGUACAGUAGUUUCUAAACUGAAGUAGCAGGUAUGAAGGCAUAAUCAUAGUUUUUCUCCAGUUACCAGUUUGCUUUGUUUUAGAGAUUUGGGUACUACCAAAGUAUAGUCUAGUAAGUUACCACUAAUAUAAUUAUGUUUGGCUUUUGUAUGAAGCCUGCUGCUUUUCUUGCAUACAUAAUAUUAGCCAUAAUGCUUGAAUAUACAGUUAGAUCAUUUACCAAAGGUUAAAUAUUUCCAAUCUAUUUACUAUAGCUAAAAUAAUUAUUGAUUGCAAAACAUAGAUGUGAAAAAUAACUAUACUAAUUAUUAUUAUAAAUAUUUUUAUGAACUUUAAUUGUAAAUACUUUCAAAGACUGUCAUAUAAAUCUACUAUAAUGUUAAUUAAUAACAAUUGUGUUGUGCUUGUUUGCCUCGAAAUAUUGUGUUGUGUUUAUCUCUAUAUUUAUGUUGACAAGUUGCAAUUAUAUUUCAUAACUGUUAGAUAAUUAUGAUGUUAUACACAUGAUAUCUUCAUUUAUUGGAAACAUUUCUAGUCAAAAAGUAUUUUAGUGUUAAGAUAAUGUAUACAGUGAGAUCAUAAUCGUUCUAGUUAUAAAAAUAUAAUUUCUCUCAUAUAUGAAUAAGCAAGUAUUAAAAUGUUUAUUUAUUACAAUAUACUUAGUUAUAAGUUGUAGUAUUGUUUUAAAACUCUUGUUACAUUGUACAUAACAUAACCUAAGGUAAAUAAUGUGGUUAAAGUACCUAGUUGUAAAAAUAAAUAAAUGAAAGUUUAUAAAUAAAACUGGUACACACAAAAGGUGCAGUAGUAGUUGCAUACACCAUGGUUGAUUUGCUAUUAGCGACCAAAGUACUUACUUCCUCAAUGUAACUAAUGUAAUCUGAAGGUAGACAUCUGUGAUUUUUUUACCGACUUCCAAAAAGGAGGAGGUUCUAUGUUCGGCUGUACGUAUGUUUUUUUUUUUAUAUAUGUCCAGCGAUAUUUCCGUCGUUUGUGGACCGAUUUUGAAAAUUCUUUUUUUUUUGGAAGGGUAUACUUCCAGGGUAAAAUCCUGUGAUCAGUCGUUCUAUAAUCAUCCUACUCUAUGGUCGUUCGUUAAUAAUGUAUUGCACGUUUGAGUAAUGAGUUUAUUAGGGCCUGUUUUUUUUUUGGUUGAUUAAAGAAAGUAACUAUUCUAUUUUGUUGGGUUUAUCUAUUAAAGACCGUGUAAUAUAGGUA